AUGGCGGAAGCUCCCAAGCCCAGCAGCAGCGUCAAGCUGGUGCUCCUCGGCGAGGCCGCAGUCGGAAAGGUCGCCAAUCCUCCUCUGCACUGUUCAUCUCUGGUCUUGCGAUUCGUCAACAACGACUUCCAGGAAAACAAAGAGCCGACUAUUGGUGCGGCGUUUCUGACGCAAAAAUGCAACCUCCCCACCCGGACUAUCAAGUUUGAAAUCUGGGAUACGGCCGGCCAAGAGCGGUUUGCGUCUCUGGCCCCCAUGUACUAUCGAAAUGCCCAAGCUGCCCUUGUCGUCUACGACAUCACCAAGCCUACAUCGCUCGUUAAGGCCAGACACUGGGUCGCUGAGCUCCAGCGACAAGCCUCGCCCGGAAUCGUAAUCGCGCUGGUGGGAAACAAGCUAGAUUUGGCUGGCGAAUCGCAGAGCACAAGCGAAGAAGGCGACGGCGAAGACGGUGGCGAUGCCCGCAAGGUGCCGACAGAAGAAGCUCAGUCAUAUGCUGAAGAGGAAGGCCUGCUAUUUUUCGAAACGAGUGCCAAGACCGGCCACAACGUCACCGAAGUCUUCACAGCCAUUGCAAAUGCGAUUCCCGAGACAUCCCUGAAGAGCACCAGAGGUUCUGGCGCAGCAGGCACGGCCAACAGGGCCGGAGAGGAGCAGAGAGUAAAUCUAUCAGGACCAAGGGAUGCAGGUGCAAAGGACGGACCUGCUGCCGUAGGCAACAUGGCUACGUCCAUUACAGAGGCCCAGGCUGAGCUGAUCAACUCGUUGGCUCCCGACGAUAUCCCACACAAACUGCGAUGCGCCAACUGCAGCAAACUGGCAGUCAACGCCCUCAGGCUGCCAUGCUGCGAACAAGCCAUCUGCGAAACAUGCCAUUCGAAUCUCCCUCAGUCGUGCCCCGUUUGUGAACACUCUCCGUUAUCUGCCGCAGAUUGUAGCCCGAACAAGUCUUUGCGAACUACCAUUAGAGUAUUCUUACGCACGGUGGAGAAGAAGAGAGAGGCGUCCCGAACCAAAGAAUCCAACGAUACCACACCCAUCACACCGGUUGAUGCGCCGAAGCCAUCGCUGCCCGACGUGGGCGCUCCCGCAGCAGAGACGGCAGAGAAACCGGCAGACGCUAGUGGAGAUGUGCCAGUCGAAGAUGUGGUGCCGCAGAGCGCUGAUGAGCCGGCUUCUGGCCAUGAAGAGGACAAGCUGCAGGAAGUGGCAUUAAACGGCGCGGAAGAACCGCCAAAGGAACAAACCGACGUUAUUGAGGCUCAAGAAGCCAAAGAUUCGAUUGUCGAAGGCGAUGACGCAGCGAAUAAUCAAGAGCAAGAUGCUGCUGAAGGAGGCGACGAGAACGUUGAACAAGCUGGCGAUGGCCAAGAGCAAUUCAACGAUACCGCGAAUGGUGGAUUUCAGCAAAAUAUGAUGUUUCCAGGGGGCGGCGACUUCAACCAGAUGCAAAUGAUGAUGGCUAUGCAAAAUGGAAUGGGAUCAAACUCAUUUGGUGGGUUUCCUAUGAUGGGCAUGCCGGGGAUGAGCAUGGACCCGAUGAUGCAGAACAUGUACAUGAACGGAGGCUUUCAAGGCAUGGGCAUGAACGGCAUGGGGGGCUUUGAAGGGGGAUUUGGACAAGGCUCCAAUGAUAACUGGAACAGUGCACAAUCAUGGAAUUUCGACCAAAAUAAUUACAAUCAAAAUGGCCAAGGCAUGGGCACUGGUGACUUUGGCAAUUUUAACUCAGGAAUCCAGACAGGCUACAAUCAAGGUAAUUAUGGCCAAUUCAAUGACUAUCGUCGCAACAACUACGGCCGUGGCCGUGGCCGCGGUCGCGGAUUCUAUGGGGGCUAUGGUCGAGGGGGAUACAACCAGUAUGGCGGGGCCAUGACAAACUAUCAUGACCAAGGCCACUAUUCCCAGUACAACCAAGGACAAGCGGCAGCCGACUUCCAGAGCCAGGGUGACCUUGGGCAGCAAGCAACAUCCAUGGCGGCGGGUACUCACCCCGACGAGAAUGCCAACGAAGGUGCAAGCGAAGCUAAGACGUUGGAAGCCGACGGGGGUGGUAGCGUUGAUGACUCCAAACAGGAUACUUUUGAGUCUACGUCUCAUGAAAACAUAGGCAAUGAAGCGUCUUCUUCUGGAGGCGCACCGCGCCCAACGACCAUGGCUCAAGCAGAUGGAUCUAGUGUGCAGAAUCGAAAUGGCGUAGCUGCCAUCCGCUCCAUUCUGACAGCCCCAGAUGCACCAAUCAACGCCCCUAAGGGCCCUAAAGCUAUGCGUCAAGGCCUUCCUAAUACUAGUCUGCUGAAUCUGCGAGCCAGGGGUUUCCAGAUUGAAGAUAGUGGUUUGCCAGUACAAAAACCUGCUGCUAUUGCAUCACAGCCACCACAGGCGCCGCCGCCAUCGAAUCCAGCUACUCAGCCAGGCUCUAGAAGUAGUACUCCUAAUCUUGACAAAGUGCGAGAUCGUGAUGCCCAUCGUGACCGCAGCAAGGAGCGGUCCAAGGAUCACGAUAAGCGUGAAAGAGGAGUGGUGUCUGAAGAGUCCCAUAACGCGCAAGAGAGAGAACGAGACAACAGAGACCGAGUAGAUCGCGAUCGCGGCAAAGAGCCGGAGCAUUCAGGCUCCAGAGCUACUAGUAGAAGCCGAAGUAUAGAUCGCAGCAGCCGCAGUCCGAGCCGCAGCCGUGGCCAUCGGAGCUCCCACAGACGGCAACGGCGGCAACGUUCCGAGUCUGUAGACGCAGAUGAUAAGGAUGACUCUUAUCGCCGGAAGAAACACCGGAGCAGUAGAAGACAUUACUACGACGAUGACGAUGACCAGCCGUCUCAGCGGUCCAAGGAUGACAAAGCAGCUGAAAGGUCAAGGUCGGGCUCCCCAGAUGAUGGCAAACGCUCAAGCUAUCGCAGUCGUAAAGACAAGGACAAAGAUCGAGACCAUGAACGGCGCAAAGACAAAUACCGAGCGGAAGAAGAGGACGACCGCCAGAGAUCGAAUCAUCGCUCUUCCCACCGUGACCGAGGAGAUUAUGAGCACUCCUCUAGACGGUACGAUAAAGAGAGAGAGCGUGACAAGGAUAGCGGCAGUAGUCGGAAAGAAAAGGACCGCAAGGAUCGAUACCGAGACCGAGAUCGCGAACGAGGCCGCGACCGUGAUCGGGACCGCGACCGCGAUCGGGAUCGAGAGUACAGCAGCAGACACGGCAGCAGCAGUAGGAAGCACUCCUUUGAUGGUGCUGCCGCCACAAGUGGCGGCGAUAAGGGAUUUGAUCCGCCUACGGGCCCGCGUGGAUUCGACAUCAAAGGAGGCUCUCGCAGCACGGGGGCCGCCUCAGCGCCGCAGAAAGAUGCGCAUACUCUAGAACGGGAAGCACGAAACCGUGAGCGUUUGCUGAAAGAAGCACAGCGCAUGGCUGGCCUCGCAGGCUUGGCGGGCUCAAAGCGCAGUCGGGACGAUGCCGAUGAUGGCGGCCGCAAGGGGCGACGCAGCCGGCGGAACGAUGUUGUUGAUGGAGACAGCGAAGAACGCAUGCGAAGGUUGGAGGCUGAGAGAGAGGGUGGACGAUGGGGUUAG